ACAACCAACUAAAACUGUCGCUGGCUGCGCGCUGCUGCGGAUCACUCCUAUUUGCUGCAGCUGCCGGUGUUUUCGGUGCUCCAGCCCUGCUGGGUCUCUGAAGAGGCAAAUUGCAUAUCUUGCCGCGCACGGCCUACCUUUGUGCAGCCAUUCACUCCUCUAUAAAAUGUUCUGCGCGCACAAAAGCAGCGGCUGAGGGGGACAGCUCCCGGCGAAGAGUCCCGGGAGCCCGCGCCUUCUCCAGCGGGACCACGCGGCUAACCCUGCCUGGGAAACUAAUGCAGAGUUCCUAAGAGCCCCAAACUCUCUCGUCUCGUCGCAGCGUGCUCCCCACCUCCAGACCCCCAGCCAAGCCGCAAUGAAGAGCUUCUCACAGUGAAAGGAAAAUAGGUCGCACCCAUUAAAAAUGCCUUUGAGGGACAAAUACUGUCAAACCGACCACCAUCAUCACGGAUGCUGCGAACCAGUUUAUAUCCUGGAGCCUGGAGAUCCUCCUUUGUUACAGCAACCAGUACAGACAUCCAAAUCUGGUAUUCAGCAAAUAAUUGAGUGCUUUCGAUCAGGAACCAAACAACUUAAACAUAUUUUAUUAAAAGAUGUGGACACUAUUUUUGAAUGUAAAUUAUGCCGUAGUCUCUUUAGAGGAUUACCAAAUUUAAUUACCCAUAAAAAAUUUUACUGCCCACCAAGUCUCCAAAUGGAUGACAAUCUUCCUGAUGUAAAUGAUAAACAAAGCCAAGCCAUAAGUGAUCUCCUAGAAGCCAUAUACCCAAGAGUGGACAAGAGAGAAUAUAUUAUUAAGCUAGAACCCAUAGAAACCAACCAAAAUGCAGUGUUUCAAUAUAUUUCAAGGACUGAUAAUCCUGCUGAAGUGACAGAGUCAAGCAGUACCCCUGAACAAACUGAAGUUCAAAUACAGGAGACCAGCUCGGAACAGCCGAAAGCAGUCCCCGAUGCAGAUACAGAGGUGGUGGAGGCCACAGAGCCUCCUCCUGUAGAGACUGCUGUAGAUGAAGCCACAGCUCCUGCUGAGGAGCAACCUCAGGAAUCACAGGCCGACUUGGAGACUUCUGACAGUUCUGACCUUGGUCACCAGUUGAUAUGUUGUCUUUGUAGAAAAGAAUUCAAUUCUAGACGAGGUGUCCGUCGUCACAUUCGAAAAGUACACAAGAAAAAGAUGGAAGAACUAAAAAAAUACAUUGAAACACGGAAGACCCCAAACCAGUCUUCAAAAGGACGCAGUAAGAGUGUUCUAGUUUCAUUAAGUAGGAGUUGUCCAGUUUGUUGUAAAUCAUUUGCUACAAAAGCAAAUGUAAGGAGGCAUUUUGAUGAAGUUCACAGAGGACUAAGGAGGGAUUCAAUUACUCCUGAUAUAGCCACAAAGCCUGGACAGCCUUUGUUCCUGGAUUCUGCUUCUCCUAAAAAAUCUUUUAAGACUCGAAAACAAAAGUCUUCAAAGGCUGAAUACAAUUUAACUGCAUGCAAAUGCCUCCUUUGCAAGAGGAAAUACAGUUCACAAAUAAUGCUUAAGAGACAUAUGCAAAUUGUUCACAAGAUAACUCUUUCUGGAGCAAAUUCUAAAAGAGAGAAAGGCCCUAAUAAUACUGCCAACAGUUCAGAAGUAAAAGUUGAGUCAGCAGAUUCUGUAGAGUCUUCACCUGCUUCCAUUACCCAUUCUCCACAAAAUGAACUGAAGGGAACAAAUCAUUCAAAUGAAAAAAAGAACACACCAGCAACACAGAAAAAUAAAGUUAAACAGGACUCUGAAAGCCCUAAAUCAGCUAGUCCCUCGGCUGCAGGUGGCCAGCAAAAAACUAGGAAACCAAAACUUUCAGCUGGCUUUGACUUUAAGCAGCUUUAUUGUAAACUCUGUAAACGCCAGUUUACUUCCAAGCAGAACUUGACUAAACACAUUGAGUUGCACACGGAUGGAAACAACAUUUAUGUUAAGUUCUACAAGUGUCCUCUCUGCACUUACGAAACUCGUCGGAAACGUGAUGUGAUAAGACAUAUAACUGUGGUUCAUAAAAAGUCAUCUCGUUAUCUUGGGAAAAUAACAGCCAGUUUAGAGAUCAGAGCUAUAAAAAAGCCUAUUGAUUUUGUUCUAAACAAAGUGGCAAAGAGAGGCCCUUCAAGGGAUGAAGCAAAACAUAAUGAUUCAAAACAUGAUGGCACUUCCAAUUCUCCUAGUAAAAAGUAUGAAGUAGCCGACGUCGGGAUUGAAGUAAAAGUCACAAAAAACUUUUCUCUUCACAGAUGCAAUAAAUGUGGAAAGGCAUUUGCCAAAAAGACUUACCUUGAACAUCAUAAGAAAACUCAUAAGGCAAAUGCUACCAAUUCACCUGAAGGAAACAAAACCAAAGGCCGAAGUACAAGAUCUAAGGCUCUUGUCUGCCUGGCGAAGCCGUCGCCCCGCAGCGCCGCCAUCCUGCGCCCGCCCGCGGGCGCCGUCACCACGCGCCAGGCCGCCUCCAGCUGCCGCGCCAAGCUCCGCGGCGCCGCCGCCAGGGAGCGCCAGCACGCGGCGCGCGCCCUUGGCAGGUCGGCCGCCCCGUGACGCCGCCGCGCGCUCCCGCGGUCGCGCGCACCGCCGUACCUCCGGCGCCCAGGUCGCCUGCAGACCCAGCAUCCACGGCCGCCUCGGCGUCGUUGCUGGUCGGAGCUCCUCAGCCCGCCCCGCUGCCGCAGCCUGCCCUGCCUUGCCUCUCCGGACGCCGGGCCACUCCUUGCUCCGUGCAACGCGUUUCUUCAGCCCGCCUGCAAAGUCCUGGCUUCUUUGAAAACCUCACCGCACACGAUUCCGUUUCCCUAUUUCUUGUAACGAUUCUCUUUCUGUUCCCACUCAGAUUCUUUCCAUUAUUAGUUCUUCAAAGCCAGCAUCGUUUUCUUCAUUAAGUUCUGGUCAAGCUCCAUCUCCCACUCCCAUCUGCCAGAAGAUUCCAAUUGUCCAAAUUCCCUGGGGUGACUAACAAACCCAGAGUUGUAUCAUGCACAUCAGUCAUUGAACUCAAACGUGAGGCUUUCCCCUUCCUGUAACUUCAUAUCCAAUAGCCCUUGCUCCCCAAGGAAUCAGUCCUUGUUUCCAAGGACCUAGGCUCCUCAUCCUUAGAAACUGGAUCCUCUCUGGAAUAUUGUCGCUGGCGACCACAGGAACGUGCCUUUCCAUAUCUGCUCCAGGAAGGCUUGUUGGCUUAGCCCCUCUUGUUUUCCCAGGCCCUCUGCCCUGGGCUUUACAUUGAGGUCUUACUUCUCUUGGGCUAUUCCCAGUGACUGGUCACGGCCAAAGUAGCCACGAUGGCCCAUUCAUGUGACAUACAUGGUCCCUCAAUGAACUAUUUUGGGGUUGGGACCCUUCAACUCUUGGCUGAGGCUUUCUUAGGACUCCUGGCUUUAGUCUGUAGCUCCUCUUGACUUUGAUAGGUAUGUCAGACCUGUGUUACCUACCGCUUUUGCUUUCUUUUGUCUUUCUCAGGUGUCCCCUCAACACAACUGCUGCACAGUGACCUUUGUCUUGGUGUCUGCUGCUAGGAUAUGAACUGACACAUCAGACAUUCCAGUCUCUGACCACCACCUUCCUAUCCUGAGUUCUUUGUUCGUUGACCUCAUUUUUCUACUGUUGAGCAGGCCAUGUCUCCUUGACUAGCCCAGAUCCCACAGUCCAUUCUCGUAAUCAUGCCUCGAAAUGCAGUUCUCUCAGCACUCUCAAACCUCAGUUUCUUCUAAAUUAUUUUUCUAGCAAAAAAAAAAAAAAAAAAAAAAAAAAAAAAAAAAAAAAAAAAAAUCUAACUCUGGAUGUAGGUAACCUCUGUCUUGCUCUAGCCUGACUGGAACAACAGACCAUUUCCUUUAAGAAAAUCACGAAACAACCAACCUGCUCUACUUCCAACACAUUAUUGCAAAUCCUAAAUUGGCGUUUUUUUCCCUGUGGUCGUCUCAGUCAGUCCCCCACUUCUAGCCCUGCUGUUUCUAUGCAUGUAUCUCCCCAGAAUGUGCCGUUUGUUUUUACAGUUCCCUGAGAGAUAAGAGCUAUAGACGGAGCUCCCCAGCUUUCUACUACAGCGAGUGGAGCUGAUCUUCUAUUUUGUGACUGCGAAAGGAGCCCUUCUCUCAGUGCCCUGAGUCUCAUUCCCUUUUUGAAUAACUUCAGGUUCUCCUCAUUCUCUCUUCUGUGCCAUCAUUCUCCCCAACUUCUUAAUUAUCGAUUGCAGUAAAGAGCAUCACUAUUCAGCUAGUUUCUAUAGUAAGAAAACGGGGUGGGGGCGUCAUCUUUGCUGUUUUUAUGACUAGUUCUGUACAAAGCAGACCAUCUUAAUUGAUCAGUUUUAUUACUCAAAUAUGCCCCCCCCCCUUUUUUUGAGAAAGGGGUUCUCUACAUAGCUCUGGUUGGCCUGGAACUCACUAUGUAGAACACGUUAGCUUUUAAUUUGCAACGAUCUCCCUGCUUCUGCCUCCUAAUUCUGGAAUUACAGGUGUGUACAAUCAUGCCUGACUUAAAAUUGUCUUUAAUUUGUCUACUUUCAAAUUCAGUGCUAUGACCAACAUUUUUUUUCUCACUUGACUCCCAUGCCUGGUCUCUCGGGUACCACUUUUGACCUACUUUAGUACCUUUUUGGUACACCUGGUAAUCGUGACCUUUCUCAUCCAUUAAAUCAAAUAAUUUAUUGCUUGCAUAUUGCAUAUUAAAAUUGAACCCCCUUACUAUAGCUCACAAAGCCCUGCACCAUCUGACCUUUCUCUAUUUCUCUAACAGCCUCGGUACCCGUCUCUCACUGUUUACCAUGCGUGUCCAUGCAACACGCCAAGUAAGAUCUUUUCUGUACCUCAGGGGGUUUGUAAAUGCUCCUAUUUCUAAGCUGCUUUUCAUGGCCACCCUCUCUCUCCUCCAUCACAAUAUAUCCUCUAGAUAGAUGCAAAGUUUUGAGAGAGGCCUGCCUGGAGUACCAUGUUGAAGUAGUCAUGACCUCCCAAUCAUUUCCUCUCCCAGUUCUUUAUUUGUAACCUUAUUUAUUUGACUCUGUCUUAUCUCCAUUUCUCCAUAUCAGAAUGUAUGAAGGAAGAAACUGUGUGUAAAUGUCUGGAUUCAACACUGCAUCCUCUGUCCAUAGCAGAUUUGGUGCAUAGUAGGUGCACAAUAAAUGUCUGUUGAAGGAAUGCAUGAAUACAUAUGCAAAUGUCUCUGUUGGGGCAUCACUUUCUAUUGAUGUAGUAAAAGCUGUUUAUAUAUUAAAACCACUAAUAAUUUGUUGAUUCUGUUUGUUGCAGACAUUUCUUCCCCAGUAUGCGCCAGUUUCAUUCUUAAUGUCUAUGAUGUAUAGAAACACUGUAUUUUCACAACAAUAAAUACCUUUUAUGAAUCCUGCACCCAGUGAUAUAUUUAAAAAGAUUUCCAUGUCAGUGUUACAUGCAUAUUUCUUUCCAUUUUAAUUUUUUUUAGACUUAAAUAUUUUCUCUAAAUGGGAUUUAUUUUUGGUAUAGAUGUGAUUAAGGGCCUAAGUAUUUAUUUAGUUGUUACAUCAUCACUUAUUGAAAAAUCUCUUUUUUCUACCAUUUUGAAUAUUUCACAUUUAUCACAUAUUAAACUUCUUAUACCUAGAGUGGUUUCUGGAUUUAUUACUUCUUUGUUGUUCCUGAUGCCCGUUACUUUAACUAUUGUCCUGCCAUUGGUUACUUUACUGUAUGUUUACAAUGAAAUAAUAUCACUCUUAUUUUUAAAAAAAUAUUUUUGGGUUUUGGCUGUUUUUGCAUUUAUUCUCCUCAAUAAGCUUUAGUUCUAUUUUGGUAAAGUCCAAAAGAAAGUCUACUGUUGUUUUGUUUAGGAUUGCUUUAAGAUUAUCGUUAUUUGAGAAAUAGUUGUGAAGUUUGUACUCAUUACAACUAUUGAGCUGUAAAGUCUCCUACUGAGGAAUUUGUCAUGUGUCAAGGUCACUGAGGACACCUUGUAUGUCCUUCAGGUUUUCUGUUUUUAAUGUGUCUCAAACUUAUUGGUUUAUGUUUUAUAUUUUGUUGCUGUUUGACUGAUCAUUUUUUCAUCUUUAAGAGCUUUUAUAAGAGCUCUUCCUUGUAGGGUCACUUGAGUUUUUUUUUUUUUUUUUUGAUAAAUUUCAGAACACUCACUAAUCUUUACUGUUUCUUUUGUACAUAGCCAAUCAUUUUAAGCAUAAUUCAUGAUAAUUUCUUGUUUCUUUUCCUGUCCUUAUACCUCAUCAAAUAUGUGAUGAUGAUAGCUUUGUUCUUAUUCCUGACGUUUUAGGAUGCCUCCAUCAGUAUUUUAUCAGAUUUUAAUAUUAACUACUGAACUGAAAUACAGGACUUCAGGCAAAGGACAUGGUUUUCUGGUUCAAUUAUACCAAACAUUUUUUGGAAGUUCAUGUUGAAUUAUACUAAACAUUCUAGACAACUAUAGAGAUUAUCAUAGAGUUUUAUUUUGUUGUCUGUUACCACAAUAUACAAUGUCUAAUAUCAGAAAAAAUAGUUAUUAUUGAAAGAUUUCCUAAUAUUGGGCUCAUUCUGCAUAAGAUACAGUCUGUAAUCGUGGUGAGCUUUCCCCCCAUUUUAAAGUAUAUGAGUACAUUUUCCCCCAUGUAUGUAUAUGAGUACAGUGUCACUGUCUUCAGAACCCCAGAAGAGUGCAUCGGAUCCCAUUAGAGAGGGUUGUGUGUCACCAUGUGGUUGCUGGGAACCAACCAGCAUUUUAAAGUAUAAUGAUGUCAAAUUCAACUCCUGUAUUUUAAAUGGGGUUAUUACACUUAUACUCAUGAAAAAGACUAGAUUGUAAUCUCAUAUUUUUGUAUUCUUUCUUAGCUUCAGAAGGGGGAAUCUCUCUUGUUUUUAUGAGAUAAAUUAGCACUGUAGGAGCCGUCUAUUCCUUGACGGCUGGGAGAAAACCCCCCAUGACACUGUUUAUAAGGUAAAAGGUCAUUCUCUGAAAAAUUUGAAAAGUUCUAUGGUUUUGUCCUAUACAGGCAACCAUACUUCUUGAAUAGCAACUUUAAAAUUAUAUUUUUAAAAGAAAGUCAUGCAUUUUCAUAGAAUUUAAAACUGUUAGAUUUCUGCAUAUAUUUAUCUUAAAAUUAAAAAUAUUUUUCUCUGCA